UUGUUACACACUUUAAUCCACGUAUCCUUAGUCCUUAACACGCAAAUAGUGUUCAUAAUAAACACUACUCCUCUUUAAUAUACACUCUCAAGUCUGAUCCCUCUCAUCUCACUCUGCCUCAUGGCUUCCAUACCAGUUCUGCCCUUACUGCUGCUUUUCCUACUUCCCGUUCAUGCAAACGCUCAACAAAACCAGUCCAAUUUGGUACUUUUAGGUUCUUCUCUUUCUCCCAAUGCAAACCGUACUUCUUGGCUCUCACCUUCUGGUCUUUUUGCAUUUGGUUUCUACCCACAAGAUGAUGGCUUUGCUAUCGGAAUAUGGCUGGUUAAUCAAACUGAGAAGACAAUCAUCUGGACUGCAAAUCGAGAUGACCCACCUGUCUCCUCCAAUGCUACACUGAACUUAACUAUUGAUGGUAAACUGCUGCUUAUAACAGAGCAAGGCAGAGAACUUUCGAUUAUUGAUGUGGAUCAGGAAGACCGACCUGCAACUUCAGCUGCUAUGCUCGAUUCUGGUAAUUUUGUGCUCUACAGGAAUGAUUCCUACGUAAUCUGGGAUAGCUUUGAUUUUCCAACUGACACCAUAUUAGGUGGUCAGAAUCUCUCUAGUGGCAGUUACUUGGUUUCAAGUGUGUCUAUAUCAGACCACUCGAGUGGACGUUAUUCGCUUAAUAUGCAGGAUGAUGGAAACCUCGUAGCCUACCCAGAAAACAGCUCGCAUGACUGGAAUGGUGCAUAUUGGUCCAGUGGUAAUAUUUAUGGAUUCAAUGCAACAUUCUAUACAUCGCUCAAUCUCUCUCGUUUAGGCGUUCUAUUGGUCCACCUAAGUGGCGGGCAGAGACACAUUUUGGCAAAUAGCUCAUAUCCUGACAAGAAUGGAACUACAAUCUACCGUGCAACACUUGAUGCAGAUGGGAUCUUUCGAUUGUAUUUACACCACUUUAAGAGCGAUAAUAGCUCGAGUAUGUUGAUGGAGUGGUCCGCUCUGUCUGAUCAAUGUGACGUCAAGGGUUUCUGUGGACUAAACAGUUACUGCUCAGGCAUGGGUAGCAAAGCUGACUGUAACUGCUAUACUGGAUUUGAUUUCAUCAACACCAGCAACAAGUUCCUGGGCUGCUACCACAACUUCAGCGAAGAUGAUUGUAGACGCAGUAAAGAUCCAGCGGUGCUAUACAAUGUCACUUCUUUAGAGAAUAUUGUGUUGGGGGGUAAUUCCCCAUAUUCAGUUGAGCCAAUGAAUAAGGAAAAUUGUGGCCAGUUUUGCCUGGAAGAUUGCAAUUGUGGAGCAGUAUCAUAUACAGAUUCCAAUUGCAGAAAAUAUAAGCUUCCGCUUAGAUAUGGUAGAAUGAAUGUAAAAGAAUCAGCUACAACUUUCUUCAAGCUCAGGGGGAUCCAUUCCACUCAAAUCCCGGAACUCUUUAUUGGAAGCAAGAGAAGUCUGAUUUUGAUUCUUUCUGUAAGUUUGGGUACAGUUUCAUGCUUGUGUCUUGUUUUGGCAACCUCUAGCUUCUUCGUGUACAGGCAGAAAUUGGUCAGGUACAGAAAACUUUCAGAAAACGUGAACUUGGGAUUAGCUGAAGAGUUUACUCUGCGGUUAUUUUCUUACAACGAGCUUGAGCGUGCUACAGAUGGCUUCAAGGAAGAGUUAGGUAGGGGCUCAUAUGGAGUAGUUUACAAAGGGAUUAUAUCUAGUGGUGGCAAAACUAUUGCUGUUAAGAGACUCGAGAAAGCUGUGGAAGAAGGGGAACGAGAAUUUCAGGCUGAAAUUACUGUUAUUGCACGAACUCAUCAUAAAAACUUGGUUCGAGUACUUGGUUUUUGUAUUGAGGGAUCCGGGAAGCUUUUAGUUUAUGAGUACAUGAACAAUGGCUCUCUUGCAGAUCUUAUUUUCAAGGCUGAGAGGCCCCCGAUUUGGAAAGAAAGAAUAAGAAUUGCACUAGAUGUGGCCAGAGGACUUCUCUAUCUGCAUGAAGAGGGCGAAGUUUGUAUCAUCCAUUGCAACAUAAAGCCUCAAAACAUACUCAUGGAUGAUAAUUGGACGGCGAAGAUUUCAGAUUUUGGGUUUGCAAAACUGCUAAUUCCAAAUCAAUCAAGAGCCACUACAGAUGCGGAAGGAAGAAGUUCAUAUUUAGCGCCUGAAUGGGAAAAGAAUUCCAUGAAUAUAUCAGUAAAAGCUGAUAUAUACAGCUUUGGUGUUGUGCUUUUGGAGAUUGUCUGUUGUAGAAGAAGUAUAGAAGUAAAUGUUUCAACUGCAGAUGAGAUUGUUCUUACUGAUUGGGUAUAUAACUGCUUUGCUGCUGGAGAGUUGGAAAAGCUUGUGGUUGUGGAAGAUGAAAAUGUGGACUUCCGGAAAUUGGAAAGAACAGUGAAAGUGGGCUUGUGGUGUGUUCAAGAAGAUCCAGCUUUGCGCCCUUCAAUCAAAAAUAUAAUCUUGAUGUUGGAGGGGAAAAUAGAUAUUCCAGUUCCCCCUUCUCCAGUUCUUUGCAUUGCUGUUUCAUGAUAUAUGUACUCUAG